AUUGGCUUUUCCUGAAAAACACGCAUGCGCAUUAAGUGGGCGGAUGUAAUGAUUUCGAUGGGAAGAAAUAAUAUUCAGCAUCGAAGGAAUAACAACUGAAAUCAUCCCGUCCUGCAGCAUGCACCUAUGUGAAUGUGGAGAAUGACCAGCAAUGUCCAAGGGGUAGCAGCAGGGUAACACUGCAUGAGGCGGUGCCCCCUGAAGGAGCCCAAAACACUGCUCUUCAAAUGGAACACAUCCAACCUUCAGGUGACCGUGCAGGAUGUACCACUCUGGAACAUCAAGCCUCUCCCCACCUGCCAGCACAUGAAAAUAUUUCUACUUCUGACCAUUGAAGAGAAUGGAAAACCAUUUUCCAGAUCAGCCCUCAUACAUCCUCCUGAUGGCCUAACAACUGAAUGACAUGUCGAUGCUGAGUUGAACAUUCCACCCUUUGUGCCUGCCCGGACUGUGCUGGAAGGCCUCGAGUCAGAGGAUGCGUGUGAAGACAAGAAAGCUGUAAAAAAGGAGAUCCAUAGCAAAAAGGUCAAAUAAGUACAAACAAGUAUUUUACCUCGAUUAUUAACAGUUUAUUUUGCCCAAAAAUGUUAAGGGAGCCAAAAAGGACAAAAUGGAAGAGGAGAAUACAGACCUGCUCAGACUUUGCCACACAGUACCGCUGGAGGUGGUGAACUUAGGUGGGAAAGGUUACGAUCCAGAGAAGAAAGACUACUCAGGUUUUGAGGCCUGGUUGCAGUGUUACUAUGUGGAUGGAAUGAAGUCUGUACGCGACCACAAUGGCAGGACUAUGUGGUUCAAAGGCGAUCCAGGUCCUAUGGCUCCUAAAGAAUCAAAGUCUCCAAAGGCCAAAAAGAGAAAAGAUACAGAUGCAGACCAUGAUUACCCCCGCAAGAAAAAGGUGUCCAGGAAACACAACUCUGACAGCACAGUGAAGAAAAAAGCAGCCAAAAAGCCCACAAAAGCAGCAAAGGAAGAAGAAAAUGGAACUCAAGAAGAAGCCACACCCAGAAGAAGAUCAGCAAACACACCUCAGCAAGAACUGAAAUCCACGUUAGGCAGGAGGAAAAAGAACAAUACAGAGCCAGCUGCAGGUCUGAUUCUAAUAAUACUCCCAUUUUCUGAAAAUAUUAAGAGCCUGAUCUUUGAGGAUCCAAUUCCCACACACUUAUCUGUGUGCGCAAACUAUAAAAUUGCAUGUACUGUUGGUGGACGUGUUGUAUGUGAUCUACUUUGUGCAAUUGAUAGCAGCAAAAGUGGCACAGAUCACCCUAUUUUUGUGUACUAGAAGCAUUAUGUGCCCUUGGAAACACUUCUUUCCCUCUACAUUCAUGUUAUUAUGCUCUCCACACUGGAGGGGGGCUUAUAUUAGAUUAUAGCACAUAUCGAUCAUCUAACACCUUUUCUGCAAUAUAGAAUCACAGUAUGUAUACUAUUUGCAGCAGGAAUGAUCAAACUGCAUAUUGCAAGACAUUUUUUUUAGGAGUUAUACUAAAUACAAAAAAAAAAAACGCAACGCUUUUGUUCUUGUUCCCAAUUUAAAUGAACUCAAAGAUCGAAAACUUUGACUAUAAACACAAAAUACCUGUUCCUCUCAAAUAUUGUUCACAAAUCUGUAUACAUUUGUUAGUGAGCAUUUUUUCUUUGCCAAGAUAAUCCAUCCCACCUGACAGGUGUGCCUUGAGCUGUCCAAAAUAAAAGGCCACUGUGAAAUGUGCAGUUUUAUCACACAACACAAUGCUUCAGAUGUCGCAAGUUUUGAGGGAGCGUGCAGUAGGCAUGCUGACUGCAGCAAUGUCCACCAGAGCUGUUGCCCGUCAAUUAAAUGUUUAUUUCUCCGCCAUAAGAAUAGAAUAGAAUAGAAAGUACUUUAUUGAUCCCUGGGGGAAAUUCAGCACCACAGUUCGCUCACAAUAAACAAUGAUAAUAAUAAAUAAUAUAAUAUAUAUGAAUAAUAUAAAUAUAUUCUACAUUUAAGUGCAGUCAAGGAACAUAUGCAUUAUACAGUCUGAUGGCUGUCGGUGUGAAGGACCUCCUGUGUCGUUCCGUGUUGCAUUUUGGGAGUCUGAGCCUUCCACUGAAGGUGCUCAUUCUCUCUGCAAGGUCCGAGUGUAGUGGCUGGGAGGUGUUGUCCAUAAUGGCUAGGAGUUUUGCUAGACUUCUCUCUGACACCACCGCCAGAGAGUCCAGCUCCACUCCCAUCUUGUUACUGGCCUUCUCUACCAACUUGUCCAGUCUGUAUGUGUCCCUCACUCUCAGCCCACUGCCCCAGCAGGCCACGGCGUACAAGAUGGCGCCUGCCACCAGCGACUCGUAGAACAUCUUCAACAUCUUUGUACAGACGUUGAAGGAUCCUAGCCUCCAAAGGAAAUAUAGAUUCGGCUCGGUCCCUUCUUGUAGAGGGCCUCAGCGUGUUUUGACCCAUUCAGCUUGUUGUCCAUGUGUACUCCGAGGUAUUUAUAAUCCUCUACCAUGUCCACAUCCACCCCCUUGAUGGAAAGAGGGGUCGCCAGAGUACUCCUCCUCCUUCCCAGGUCCACAACCAGCUCCUUGGUCUCCGUAACAUUGAGCUGGAGGUGGUUCUUUCCACACCAUGUGACAAAGUCCUCCACCAGUGUCCUGUAUUCCUCGUCAUCACCUUCCUCAAUACACCCCACUAUCGCAGAGUCAUCAGAAAACUUCUGAAGGUGGCAGGACUCUGACUGAUAGUGGAAAUGGGUGGUGUAAAUGGUGUAGAGGAAGGGGGAAGAGUACUGUAGCCUCCGGGGCCCCGGUGUUGCUGACCAGCCUGUCAGACACACAGUCCUGCAGUGGCAUAUACUGUGGUCUGUCAGUCAGGUAAUCUACAACCCAGGACACCAAGGGGGCCUCCACCUGCAUCUUCUCCAACUUCACACCCAGUAGCCCAGGCCGUUUAGUAUAAGCCGCCUCCAAAGCUGUUUCAGAGAAUUUGGCAAUACAUCCAACUGGCCUCACAGCCGCAGACCAUAUUGAUUGGCUGAGACCUGCCACCCGGACAACUGCUACAACAAUUGGUUUGCUUAACCAUAGCAUUUCUGCACAAACUGUUAGAAACUACCAUGAAUUGAUUAACGUGGACCCCGACUUAAACAAGUUGAAAAACAUAUUGGGGUGUUACCAAUUAGUGGUCAAUUGUACGGAAUAUGUACUGAACUGUGCAAUCUACUAAUAAAAGUAUCAAUCAAUCAAUCUGUCUCAAGAAAGCUCAUCUGCAUGCUCGUGGUCCUCAUCGGGGUCUCGACCUAACUGCAGUUUGUCUUCUUAACCAACUUGAGUGGGCAAAUGCUCACACUCAAUGGCGUCUGGCACAAUACAGAGGUUUUGGUAUGUUAUUAUUGACAGCGAAACCACGUGUAUUUUAUUGAUGGCAUUUUCCAUGCGCAGAGAUACCGUCACGAGACCCUGAGCCCCAUUGUUGUACUAAUCACCCGAGGCCAUCACCUUUAUAAAUAACAUUUACUAACUCAUGUUGGAAGGAUCUGGAAGCUAAAAACAUCCCAGUUCUUGCAUGACCAGCAUACUCACCGGACAUGUCACCCAGUAAGUAAUUUUUGAGAGGAAUAUAUAUUUUCUGUAUAGUAAAAGUUUCAGAUCUUUAAGUUCAAUUCAUGAUAAAUGGGAGCAAAAACAAAAGUGUUGCGUUUAUAUAUUUGUUCAAUACUAUAUUUUUCGGAGUAUAAGUCGCACCUGCCGAAAAUGCAUAAUAAAGAAGGAAAAAAAACAUACAAGUCGCACUGGAGUAUAAGUCGCAUUUUUGGGGGGAAAUUUAUUUGAUAAAAGCCAACACCGAGAAUAGACAUUUGAAAGGCAAUUUAAAAUAAAUCAAGAAUAAUGAAGAACAGGCUGAAUAAGUGUAGGUUAUAUGAGGCAUAAAUAAGCAACUGCUAUGUUAAGCUAACAUAUUAUGGUAAGAGUCAUUCAAAUAACUAGAACAUAUAGAACAUGAUAUACCUUUAACAAACUAUCUCUCACUCCUAAUCCAUAAAUCCCAUGAAAUCUUAUACGUCUAGUCUCUUACGUCAAUGAGAUAAAUAAUAUUGAUAUUUUACGGUAAUGUGUUAAUAAUUACACACAUAAGUCGCUCCUGAAUAUAAGUCGCACCCCCGGCCAAACUAUGAAAAAAAAACUGCUACUUAUAGUCCGAAAAAUACGGUGCAUAUUUUCUAAAUCAAAAAAGGAAUACCAUUAAAAAACAACAUAAAUUAAUAGACUUUGGUUUAAUCGGCCCUUUAAGUUGUCCAGCAGCUAUAAAAUGAUAUUGCUGAAUAUAUAUCUUCUUCUUUUUAUUUCUAACAGUCCAAAUAUGACAUGCACACGUAGAACAAAGGCUUCUCUGUUCAGUUGUCUUUGCAGCGUGAUGGCCUCCUUUCUCACAGCCCUGUGUGCAACUAUGUCAGUUGUCUUUGCAGCGUGAUGGCCUCCUUUCUCACAGCCCUGUGUGCAACUAUGUCAGUUGUCUUUGCAGCGUGAUGGCCUCCUUUCUCACAGCCCUGUGUGCAACUAUGUCAGUUGUCUUUGCAGCGUGAUGGCCUCCUUUCUCACAGCCCUGUGUGCAACUAUGUCAGUUGUCUUUGCAGCGUGAUGGCCUCCUUUCUCACAGCCCUGUGUGCAACUAUGUCAGUUGUCUUUGCAGCGUGAUGGCCUCCUUUCUCACAGCCCUGUGUGCAACUAUGUCAGUUGUCUUUGCAGCGUGAUGGCCUCCUUUCUCACAGCCCUGUGUGCAACUAUGUCAGUUGUCUUUGCAGCGUGAUGGCCUCCUUUCUCACAGCCCUGUGUGCAACUAUGUCAGUUGUCUUUGCAGCGUGAUGGCCUCCUUUCUCACAGCCCUGUGUGCAACUAUGUCAGUUGUCUUUGCAGCGUGAUGGCCUCCUUUCUCACAGCCCUGUGUGCAACUAUGUCAGUUGUCUUUGCAGCGUGAUGGCCUCCUUUCUCACAGCCCUGUGUGCAACUAUGUCAGUUGUCUUUGCAGCGUGAUGGCCUCCUUUCUCACAGCCCUGUGUGCAACUAUGUCAGUUGUCUUUGCAGCGUGAUGGCCUCCUUUCUCACAGCCCUGUGUGCAACUAUGUCAGUUGUCUUUGCAGCGUGAUGGCCUCCUUUCUCACAGCCCUGUGUGCAACUAUGUCAGUUGUCUUUGCAGCGUGAUGGCCUCCUUUCUCACAGCCCUGUGUGCAACUAUGCCAGUUUGCACGCAGAUUUCAGACUUUUUAAGAGGCACGAUACUGCCUGCAGGACACUUUCAGCAUUGAUAAAUCUCACUGUUCAUGUUGAGUGAUUUGUAUUUGCAUUUUCUCCUCCCAGUAUUGUGGGCAUUCUGAUAAUCAACAUAUAUUCUGCAUACAUCAUUAAGACAAAUAUGUUAAAUGGAGGGAAUAAGCGAUAGAAAAUGGAUGGAUGGGAUGGAUUGCACUCCUUAUUUUGCUCAUUAAUCGACAAAUAUUUAGAUCAGCUUUGCGUGUGCUAACAAGUUUGCAUGUGUUUUGAUACACAUAAACCUUUUGUAGAUUAUACUGUAAGUGUGGUAAACUUACUUUUUGUUGCAGGCUUCAAGACACGUAGCGGGAGACUGACAAGACAGAAUGUCAAGUAAAGGACAUCUAUUGGAAAAUACUGUUUUUAUUCCAUGAUACAUAUUUUUAAUAAACAUUCCACACGUUUA